AUGCCACGAACAAUAAGUACCAAUUUCGGAGAACCAUUAAGUACUGAAUCUAAACGACUAAUCAAUGAAGUGCGUCUUAAAAUCAAUCAACCAAUACAUCCCGGUUUUGACAAUGACUUCAAUAUUUAUCGCUUUGUACUAGCUUGUGAAAGAGCGGCAAAAAAGAAUAUCGUUGAUGCUGCAGCCAAAACUCUUAACAAUCAUCUGCGAAUACGUAAAGCCUUUAAACUUGAUGAUUUGCCUGAUAUAUCUUUCUCAGAAAAUCCAAUAUUUUCUAAAAGAUUGCUACCAAUGGGUAGGAUUCUAGAAGCUACCGAUAACUCCAACAGGUUACUAUGGUAUGUCGAAUACAAAACAAUCGAUAUAGAGGCUAUAGCUUACUCAGUGCGCACUUCAGAAUCGUUACGUCUACAAUUUCUUCAGUUUGAACAUAUGCUAAAAAGAGUUAACAAACAGGAAGAAAAAACUGGGCAUUUAAGCGCUCUAAGACAUAUUGUUGACAUGAAUGGCUUCGAAAUUAAUCCCUUCACUAUGAUGUUAGCAACCAAUGGCAGUUUAGCAUAUUUCUCUCAACUCCUUCAUUACGAGAAUUAUCCUGAACUGGUAAGUCCGGUAGAAAUGGUGAAUAUAUCAAAAUGGAUUCAUUUCCCUUAUAAAAUAGCGCGAGCAAUGAUGCCUGAUGACUUCACUGAACGCUUCCGAUUAUAUGAUGAAAAUUUCUUGUCUACUUUACUUAACGACAUAAAAAUUGAGGAUAUUCCAGUAACUUUAGGAGGCAAAAACGAAGAAAUCAAAUGCCGACCAGCAACAAAACAUACAGUAGACCAAUGCUUUAAUUUAGUGAAUUUCGAUUCUCCGAGUAAUCUUGAGACAAUUGUAAUUUCACCACGAAAACGUCGCCAAAUUUAUGUAGAUGUUAAUGAAGACGCAAGGUGGUUACAGUGGUAUUUCACUACAGAUGGUGAUAUCAAUUUUGGUGUUUUUUACGAGGCGCCAGAUCAAAAGCGACCAACAGAGGGAAUGAUAAUGAACAAGCAGCAUGAGCGCGAUAUUGACUUUGAUGAGCUUGAAAUGGUGUACCCAUGGUUGAAAUUAGUGGCAAAAUUAGUACCAGAAAUGGACAAAAUCGAAUGUACAAAACCGGGUCGUUACUGGAUAAUUAUAUGCAAUAAAUCUUCUUGGAUUCAUCGAAAAAAAGUCAGUUUACUCAUACAGCUGGUCGACAAAACGAAUAGUAAUGUGAAACGGUGUCACUGUGAUGGAACAUUCAGCAAUAGCUCAAAAUCAUUAACAAUUGACUAUCUGUUAUAA